AAUCAGUGAUUCAUUGUAUCAAUGGCAGAGGAGGAAGAUUACUUGCAUGUGGUGAAAAAAACAAAACAUUAUAAAGCACAUAAAAAAGUAUAUAUUUCUAAUCUGGAAAUAGUUUCCAAUAAUGUCCUCCAAUGGAACAUGAUAGGAUGGACAGUCAUAAUUAUGGCCCUAUAUCUGAUACACAUGUGAAGCAAGCUUGCAUACGUUGGAAUUAUAUUGCAAAACAACAACAACAACAACAACAAAGAGCGAUAGGACGAGAAGCCUCCUCCGACAGCUCUGCCAUUGAUGAAUUCGCCUGAAUACCAAAGAGGCGUGCCCGCUUGUGUGUUAUUCUGCGUGGGUGCGUGCGCGCCCCUUACUGUGUUUACGGGACAAGCUUGAAACGGUCAAGUCGCAAAUUGGAUUUUACAAUGUAAAUAGAAAGCAGGAGAAUCAAUCCCGAAGUCGUAAAUAUCUAUUUAAAAUUACCUUAGACUGGGUACAUCAGUUAUUUACUGAACUAGCUAAUUGUGCAUUUGCUGAAACAGUCAUAUCGGUGUUUUUAGGAAUUACAAGGGAUUUAAAACAGAAUAAAUAUGUAUCGGUCUCUGUAUUCUUUCCGAUCCGCGGAGCCCAACUCGCUCCACUUCGGGGCCGGGGAGGGCUUUCUGAUCCUGGAACGCAGCAACAAACACUGGUGGCUCGGCUCGCGCUGCAGUUCGGGCGAAACCGGCUACGUUCCCACUUCUUACAUCGAAAGGAUUCAGGCUCCGGAGCAGGAUGAAGUGUUACAGUCUAUCGACAGGGCCAUCGAAGGGAUCCAUAACGUGGCCAUGAAGAACGGGGGCAAAUACAACCUGGAGCAGCGAGACGUGCUACAGAAGUUGAUCCAUCACAGGAAGGAGACCCUGUCAAGGCGAAGUCCAACUCCAUCCAGUCACAAGCAGGGCCUGCCCUCAUCUACCAGUGAACUGUCCCUCAGCCACACCCCUCAACCACCCAAUGGGGUCAGCCGCACCCUGUCAGAGAGUACCGACAAUGUUCAAGGGCUUUACCAGGUGCCACCUCAGCCCCGCCGUGCAGCACCCAUAACCCCUCCCCCUCCUGAGAAACAAAGAGCCAGCCGACGCCCAGAGUUUUCCAUUCCUCCUCCUCCUGGCCCAGCCCCUCCUGCCGGGACUGGCCUGUCCCCCUCGGUCAGCUCCGCCUCCCUGGACUCUGUCUCCUCCCACUCGGUGGUGUCCUCUGAUGUCAGCCUGACAAGCGUUGCCAGCACCCCGCCCCCAGUGCCAAGCCGUGUGAAGCCCCCACCCCAUCCUCCAGACGACGUGCCACCCUCUACCCCCUCUCCCCAGCCAGUUCCCUCAAAGAAGGGCCAUGCCCCCCAACCUCCACCACCACAGCCCACUCCACCACCACAGCCCAGCACCGAGGACCAAACAGAAACCGACUGGCCUCUUGCUCCGCCCUCUGUCGCUGAAAGCACCCCCGGCAGCCCCUCUCACUCAGAGCCUGUCCCCGGGACAACAGGGGCGGAGCUUAUCGAGCUGGUUCGGAGCAACACAGGCCUGAGUUACGAGCUGUCUCGGGUGGCGGUGGGGGUGGUCGUGGGUCACCUGCAGACCACCCUUCCUCAAGCCUCCUCUGCCUUAGAGAAGGUCCUCCUCUCAUUGGUAGAGAGCAAGGAUCAGAGAUCUGCGUUGCCACAGGGACAAGUGUGUCACGAUGAACAGCGCCUGGAGGUCAUAUUAGGCGACCUCGCCCGUCACGUCGACGACUCUCAGCAGCGCAGCUGGGCCCUUUACGAAGACCACUCCCUCAUCGCAUGUUACCUUGAGGAGCUGCUGAAGAUACUGACGGAUGCAGAUCCAGUGGUGUGUAAGAGGAUGUGCAGGGUCAACCACUCUGAGCCAGUGCUGUCACUCGUGUCCUACUAUCAGAUGGAGCACCGAGUGUCUCUACGCCUGCUGUUGCUCAAGGUGUUUGGGGCGAUGUGUAGCCUGGACUCUGCCCUCAUCUCCACCCUCCUCAACUCCAUCCUGCCCAUGGAGCUGGCCAGAGACCUGCAGACUGACACACAGGAGCAUCAGAAGAUGUGCUACACAGCCUUGGUCCUGACUAUGAUCUUCUCUAUGGGGGAGCAGGUGCCAUAUCACCACUAUGAGCACUUAAACGCUAGCUUUGUUCAGUUCCUGCUAGAUGUGGUAGAGGAGGGUCUUCCCUCUGACCCCACGGAACAACUCCCUGACCUUUGCGUCAACCUCAUCCUGGCCUUCAACCUGCAUCUCACAGUGCCCAGCAGCAACGUGAUAAUGCAGACUUUGAUCAAGAAAAACGUGAAGCUCUUUUCUGAGAAAAUAGUGCUGCUACUAAACCGAGGAGAUGACCCUGUGUGUGUCUUUAAACAUGCUCCCCCUGCCCCACACUCAGUUCUUAAGUUCCUGCAGGAUGUCUUCGCCAGCCAAGACUCUGCUAACAUCUUCUACCGCACGGACAUGAUGGUGAUGAUAGAUAUUGCUGUUCGAUGCAUCUCUGACCUCUCACCUGGGGAAAAGUUGAGAAUGGAGUACCUCGCGCUCAUGCACUCCGUCAUGCGCUCCACAGACUACCUGGAGCACCGGCACCGCCUCUCCGACCUGCAGGGCGCGCUGCAAAGGAUUCUAAGAGAGGACGACUCGGGAGCGGACGAGGGCGGGGCCACGGCCAAACAGAUGGAUAAGCUAAUAGUGCAGGAGAUCUACAAGGAAUUCCCUCAGAUCAGAGACACCUAGGACGACUGAAUACGACAGGGGUGGUGUGCACUCAUGAGUCGGUAGUCUGUCUCCUUUAUACCGAGGGAUGGUACUGUGGCGCUUCCUAGGGUUGACAAAGGACUGUAGUCAGCCACAUUAGUUUCUGAGUGUUACAACCCUCCUUCACACUUUUUACAGUUAUGACAUAAGAGAUGGCGUGAGCACCAGCUGUCACGGCAGUUUAUUGCAUCCAUUGUGUUAUGAUAAUGCUAUGUAGCUCUUAUGACGGAGGAUUCAAGUGAAGUGUUACCCAACAGCAUACUGCAUUGUGCUUUAAAUGUACUCCCUUGUACUGAGGGACCAAACUGCGGUGUGAACGGAGGGCCUUGUAAACCCUGGGACUGGUGUGCUGUAUACUGUCUUCUUACUUUCAGUCUAUUCAUGUGUCUUGAUCACUCUUAUUCCUCACCACCUGGCAUGGCCUGACAGUAUGUUACUAAGACAGUUCAAAGAAAAGACAAACUAGGUGAUUUAUACUGAUUAAACAAAACAUUCUGGUCCAGUUUCCUAGACACAGAUGAAGCCAAGUUCUGGACUGAAAAGCGUGCUCAAUGGAGAAUCUACAUUAACCAGGCUUAAUCUGUGUCCUGGAAACCAGACCUCUGACAAUAAUACAUUCUAGGCAUUGAGGUUAGUUUAAUACUCACUAUUUAUUGCAAUGGCAAUGCUGCUACAUGAGCCUCAUUUACCUUAAUAUCUAUGGCUGUGAUUCUCUGACUGAGCACAACUUGUUACCAUGCUUUCGCCAUUACCUGUUACCUUGCUUUCGCCAUUACCUGUUACCUUGCUUUCGCCAUUACCUGUUACCAUGCUUUCGCCAUUACUUGUUACCUUGCUUUCGCCAUUACCUGUUACCAUGCUUUUGCCAUUUCUUGUUACCUUGCUUUCUUCCCUACACUUUAUCUACAGUAACCUCCACUCUAGGCAUGGCUAAACUAUGACAUGCUCUAAAUUCUUCUCAACCAGACCACUCCUACUCUGCUCUGCUGCUUGUGCUGUAGAUGGAACGUAACGGUACUGUAAUAACAAGCUGUAACACGCUGCUUCUACAUACUAAGCCUUGACUAACUUCCUAUAUAGCUAUAGCUCUCUGAAAGGGAAUAUAGAUAUUUAUUCAUAGGAAAUAAUAAGGGAUUGAUAAGAUUCGAUUGGUCAGUAUUUUUUAUUUUUUAAAUGUAGUCUGGGGUUAACUAAGGCACUUGUCACCUAGAUUGAUUGAUUGCUUUUCCCUGAUCAUUUUGGUCUGAAAUCUAUCAGUUACCACAGUAUGGUGUCUCCCAUCCUUAGGAUGGCACUCUACUAUGCCCCCUACUGUAAUUUAACCCUUUACUAUAGUACCCCUGAGAAUCAGUCUACAAGACACAAAGCAUAUCUUCUUAGUUUCCACCAGUUUUGCUCGACACACAAUUUUUAUUUUGCAAAUCUCACUCUUUACUGACUUCUCUGAGUCUCUGUCUCCCUCUCCGUCAGAGCUCUUUCUCUCUUUGUGUCAUAGUUUAUUUUUACUUGGCUCUGUUACAGCUAAUAGGGGAAGUGUUUGUGGCAAAAUAGUCGUGGCCAUCCUGAUGCACGUAUACCUUUUAACACACACUUAAAAGGAAGUGUUUACACACAUAAACAUAUAUACCAGAGUGUAUUUUCUCUGACGUAUGUGUUUUUAUUAUCCAGUGUUCAUGCAUAAAGCUAUGCAUGUGUGUGUCUAUGUACGGUUUGUGUUUAUUUUCGUAACUAUGUAUGGUUUUAUCAUUGUCCCUGUAGGUUUGAGCCUCCAUUGUCCCUUAAGGUACGACUGUGUAAUAGUAAUAAAACCAACUGAACUAUAUUUUCCCAAUUAAAUAUAUCUGAAAUGGUUGUUCAGAGAGGGGUGACGCAACAAAGUGUAUUUUCUUAAUGUUUACCAUCAACUAAUAAACAUCUCAAUGAACA